GAGAAGCCGCCGAGGGAUGCGUCGCUGGGGGCCUCGCUUGGCGGCGCGGCGGCUCUUCCUCCUCGCCCCUCCGGCCCACCCCCGCGCUUCCGGCUUUCUGCGGCCUAGCGUCGUCGCCAUGGCGACCGAGGCCUGCCGUUCGGGCCUAGCCGGCCUGGAGGAAGCCCUUCGCCGCGCCGUCCCGCCGCUGCCCCCCUACGAGACGAGGGAGAAAGCGGCGGCGCCGGCCGGGGCCGCCCUGGAGGAAGGCGGCGCCGAGUUCAUGCGCUUCUACCGCGGCCUGGAGCCCGGCCGUCCUCGGGCGCAGCUCCUCAGCCGCUUGGCCCGCGACUUCGGCGUGGAGCACGCGCGGGUGGCCGAGCUGAGCGCCAGGGUGGCCCGCCUGCAGCAGGAGCGAGGAGGAGGAGGCGGAGGAGAAGGGGAGAGCGACGGGCUGCUGCAGGCCGAGGGCCGCCUCCGCCACUCCCUCACGCCGCGCUACCGGGGCCUCUUCCAGCACCUGGGCCGGCAGCAGGGCGGCCUCCGCUUCCUCGUGCAGCUCCGCAACGACCUGCUCCAAGCCCUCGCCGCCCGCCAGGCCGAAGGGCCCCACGUCAGGGAAAUGAAUGGAGUGCUAAAAAACAUGCUGUCAGAAUGGUUUUCUGCUGCUUUCCUGAACUUGGAGAGAGUUACGUGGCAGUCACCUUGCGAGAUUCUUCAGAAGAUUAGCGACAGUGAAGCCGUGCAUCCUGUUAGAAAUUGGAUGGAUAUGAAGCGCCGAGUUGGGCCUUACAGAAGGUGCUACUACUUUGCUCACUGCGCGAUCCCCAGCGAACCUUUGAUAGUUCUGCACGUGGCGCUUACGGAUGAGAUCUCCAGCAGCAUCCAGGGCAUAGUGAAAGAGAUUCCUUCCCAAGAAGCGGAGAAUCUGAACAAAAUCAAUACGGCCAUUUUCUACUCCAUCAGCUUGACUCAGCAGGGCCUGCAGGGUGUAGAACUGGGGACAUACCUCAUCAAGCGAGUUGUUAAGGAACUUCAGAUGGAAUUUCCUCAGCUGAAAGUUUUCUCGACGCUUUCUCCUAUUCCGGGCUUCACCAAGUGGCUUAUCGGACUCCUUUCCUCGCAAUUGAAGGAAGCGGGCCGAAGUGAUCCUUUCACAGAGUCAGAGUUCAGGGAAAUCUCCAAGAUCACGGGGGACCCUGCUGUCGAAGUUCUGAAACGCCUUCUAACAAACAAUGAGUGGGUGUGGUCGGAGAGACUGGUGGGGCUGCUGCGACAGCCGCUUCUGCGGUUAUGCGCCUGGUACCUUUACGGCGAGAAGCACCGUGGCUACGCGCUCAACCCCGUGGCAAACUUCCAUCUCCAAAACGGUGCCGUGUUGUGGCGCCUUAACUGGAUGGCGGAUACGAGCCCCCGUGGCAUCACGGCUUCCUGUGGCAUGAUGGUCAACUAUCGCUAUUUUCUGGAAGAGACUGCCCACAACAGCGCCACGUACCUCGGAGCUAAGCAGAUCAAGGCCUCCGAACAGAUCCUCAGCCUGGUGUCUCAGUUUCAGCAGAACAGCAAGCUUUGAAUAAACAAGGCAGCUCUAAGGAGCGAAUAUCUAUUUAAUUAAAUGGGGGAUUCUUUUAAAAAGAAA